ACGAGGCGGAAGUUUGGGCAGAAGGUGCAGGAAUUUGCGUUCGAACGCGCUCGUAGAUUGCGUCAAAUUUCACCACGCCUGCCCAUCCGUGCCCUAGCAAGGCAUCCGCUGCACGCUCCCCACGGGACGCUCGAUUAUGGCCGGCAAAAAAACAGAUCGACCCUACUUUACGAUGUCGGGCGGCAGCUGUAACGUGAACCAGGGUGCAAGCAGUGCAGCGCCUGAUUUGGACUUUGGCAGGACGGGCGACGACGGCCGGGAAAGAAACAGCUCGACCCUACUUGACGAUGUCGGGCGGCAGCUGCAACAUCGCCGAGGGUACAAGUAGUGCAGCCACUGAUCUGGACCAAAGCGGAUUGCGUGAAGUAUGACCGCCCCUGCGCUGUACUGUCCUGGGAAAUAAGUGGUUGCACUGACCGUACGGGACGGGUGACAAUGGCCGGGAAAGACACAGCUGGACCCCACUUUACGACGUCGAGUGGCAGUUGCAGCGUGGACCUGGGUACAAGCAGUGCAACCACUGAUCUAAACCAUGGCAGGAAGUCACCGCCUCCGCGGUCCGUGCGGGACGAGGCGACUGUGGCCGGGGAAGAAACAGCUCGACCCUACUUUACGAUUUCGAGCGGCCACUGCAACUUGGCCCAUGGUACAAGCAGUGCACCCUCUGAUCUGGACAAAAGCAGAUUUCCCGAAGAAACCAGAGAAGCAGCGUGGCAGCAGCGAGAGAACCAGGCGGCCAACAGAAUCCAAGAGUGCAGCGUUUGCCGGUUCGUUUUCACCGACACGAAAGCCUUCCAAAAGCAUGCCGCUGACCACUUGCUUGGGAAAAACUACUGCUACGAGUGCGGCAAACUGUUCAUGAAGCCUUGGGACGUCAAGAGGCAUUUACGUACGCACGGCGAACCAUCCUUUGAGUGCAGCGUGUGCGGCCAAAAAUUUUAUAGCGUAGAUGCGCGCAAGUACCAUAUGCUUUCAUGCCACGUAGGCGUAGAGGACUGAGAAGCCGUCGAAGGGCCUCCUUAAGACGGCAGCACACACCACGAAAUUGGUCGAGCACGUCGUGAAGCACCGUUGCACCUGACGCUGGCAUCGGCUUCGGUGAAGCCGAAUAUUUUCCCGGGAGGACUGACUUGUCUGGUUGUCACCGCGACACCCAGAUGUGUCGUGGGUCUGAGCCUCAACUGUUCCAGCUCUGCGCUAACUUCUUGACAAACAGAAGUGGGCUAAUCUUAUCCCUUCUGACUACGGCUGAAGAAUGCCUGCGAAUAAAUUUCUUACAGUGGUUAUCUCGAGGAAUACUGUGCCCCAGCUCUGUGGUUUUCUUCGAAGAACGCACCCGUUUUUCGCAAUCCACCAGCCAUGGUUAAUAUAAAUUUCUAUGCCUCGCGGAUUGAACAAAAUAGCGAGAUAUAGUAGUGAGGAGAUUUAUAGUAGAGGUUUAAAGUGUAAAGGAACCACGACUUCAGACUGCACGCGAUGAAGGAGUGGAUAGGACGAGCGCUGCUAGGUAUAGUACUUAAUAGUGAAGUUGAGGCCUCAUAUUCUCGAGCCUUGCUGGUAACGUUAUCAGUAGAUUUAGCACCCUGCAUUGCACAAACAAAACUGU